UCUCUCCCCAGAGCUACGCUGCUUCUCAUCAUUGUCGCCUGGUCCUUAGAGUAGCCCAGGCGGGGAGGAAAGGGCAAGUCCAGCUCGAAUAUGGCUUUCCACGUGGAGGGACUGAUCGCCAUCAUCGUCUUCUACCUGAUGAUCCUCGUGGUCGGCAUCUGGGCUGCCUGGAAGACCAAAAACAGUGGCAGCAAGGAGGAGCGCAGCGAAGCCAUCAUUGUAGGAGGGAGAGACAUUGGAUUGCUAGUCGGUGGAUUUACCAUGACAGCCACCUGGGUAGGAGGAGGUUACAUCAAUGGGACAGCGGAGGCAGUGUAUGUACCAGGCUUUGGACUAGCUUGGGCUCAAGCACCCAUUGGAUACUCUCUCAGCCUGGUUUUAGGUGGCCUGUUUUUUGCCAAACCCAUGCGGAGCAAAGGGUAUGUGACUAUGUUGGACCCAUUCCAGCAGCUCUAUGGAAAACGCAUGGGGGGACUCCUUUUCAUACCUGCCCUAAUGGGAGAGAUGUUUUGGGCUGCAGCCAUUUUCUCUGCCUUAGGUGCCACUAUCAGUGUAAUCAUCAACAUUGACAUCAACAUUUCAGUCAUUGUUUCUGCCCUGAUUGCCACGCUGUACACUUUGGUGGGCGGGCUGUAUUCUGUCGCGUACACUGAUGUCGUUCAGCUCUUCUGCAUCUUCCUGGGACUGUGGAUCAGCGUACCUUUUGCAAUGUCCCAUCCUGCAGUUACCGACAUUGGCUUCACGGCUGUGCAUGACUUUUACCAGGAACCCUGGCUUGGGUCCAUUAAAUCGCUUGAUGUCUACACGUGGAUUGAUAGUUUCCUUUUACUGAUGCUUGGAGGAAUCCCGUGGCAAGCAUAUUUUCAGAGGGUUCUCUCUUCAUCUUCUGCCGCCUAUGCUCAAUUUCUCUCCUUCCUGGCUGCUUUCGGAUGCCUCGUGAUGGCUAUCCCUGCAGUGCUCAUUGGAGCAAUCGGUGCAUCUACAGAUUGGAACCAGACUACAUAUGGUAAUCUGGAUCCUAAAGAAAAGAAAGAAGCAGACAUGAUUUUACCCAUUGUACUUCAGUAUCUCUGUCCAGCAUAUAUAUCUUUCUUUGGUCUCGGUGCGGUGUCUGCUGCUGUAAUGUCAUCUGCGGAUUCUUCAAUCUUAUCUGCAAGUUCAAUGUUUGCUCGGAACAUCUAUCAACUUUCAUUCAGGCAAAAUGCCUCAGACACAGAAAUCGUGUGGGUGAUGCGAGUCACCGUGUUCGUGUUUGGAGCAUCUGCUACAGCGAUGGCCCUGCUGGCGAAAUCGGUGUACGGACUCUGGUACCUCAGUUCUGACCUGGUCUACAUCAUCAUCUUCCCUCAACUCCUCUGCGUGCUCUUCAUCAAAGGAACCAACACCUAUGGUGCAGUGGCUGGGUAUGUCUUCGGCCUCCUACUCAGGAUAACUGGAGGGGAGCCAUAUCUGUACCUGCAACCUCUCAUCUUUUACCCCGGUUACUACCUCGACGAUGACCAAAUAUACAACCAGCGCUUUCCCUUCAAAACGCUGGCAAUGGUCACUUCUUUCCUAACCAAUAUCAGUAUCUCUUACCUGGCCAAGUACCUGUUCGAGAGUGGCACUCUGCCUCCCAAACUAGACUUCUUUGAUGCCGUCGUGGCCAGGCACAGUAGGGAAAACAUGGACAAGACGGUUCUGGUCAGAAAUGAGAACAUCAAGUUAGAUGAGCUCGUGCCGGUGAAGCCUCGGCAAAGUUUGACUCUUGGCUCUACAUUCACGAAUAAGGAGGCUUUCCUUGACAACGACUCCAGCCCCGAGGGUUCUGGCAUUGAAGAUAACCUGCAAUGAGGCACAGCUUUCCCUCCCAGAGCUUCGGUGGUGGCUGCCCCCCAGGAAGGAUGGGGAAAAUCCACACUAGAGCCAAACUGGGAGGAAAUAAGCUUCCAGAAGGAGUCAUGACCAGGAAUGCCUUUGCACAAUUCAAAACCACGCUUAGAAGAAGCAGCUGGGGAACUCAACUAGGGAGGAGGAAGGCUUCCAAAUUAAGUCAUUUGCUGAUGUGGACUGGAAGAAUGUCAGAUAAACAUGAAUUCAUGCCACCCCCCAGUGCCAGAAAAUAGGUAAUUGGGUGAAUUUCUUUUAAAAUGUGAAAAGAGAAUUGGAAGGGAUCGAAAUCUUACAGUUGAGCUAGCAGGUAGAGGAUAUUAUUCAGACAUCUUUGGGUUCAUGUUUCAGUCAAUAUAACAAAGCUCACAACCUGUAUAUCCCUGGGACUACAGCAGUGAUGUUGUCACUCGAGAAUGACUUUCCCUGUUGAUUUUUCUUCAUUUUCCUCCCUAGCAGCUCCAGCAUCUUCUCAAGGGUAUCGACCAAUUCAUUUUGUUUUGUAUAGAGUUCCCUAAGGGACUGACUUACAUAAUGUACUCAGCACAGGCUGUUUUAGAGUUGUGUUUAUGCACGUGGGAAUGUGAGGUGGGGGUUGAGGGGAGGGGAGAAAUAAUGGUAUAGGUCAGUCCUGGUCUUGAGCAGAUCUGCCACCAAUAUAGAUGUCAGCAUGAUCCGGGGUGGGUAGAAGGGCUUUGGAGGAAAACGAAUUCAAGCAAUAAACUGAGCUGGGAAAUAAAGGAAGGGGAAAAGUAGUAGCUAUUCAGGCCUUGAUGUAGUUUAUCAAUCAGGAAAAAGUCAACUGAUGACUAUCAGGAUUUGGAUUAGAAGCAAAUAUUGGGUCAAGGGUUUUGAGACAGCACUGCCCAGCUCCAGGUAAGGGGAAUAAUAAGUUUCAAUAAAACAACCAUGGUCCUCUCACCCCCAGGUCUCCCCCUGACCCUUUCUCUCUCCAACCCAUCUCUGACACCAGUCCCCUGCACAGAGAAAGGGUAUGAACACAAGCAUGCCCCAACUCUUAGAUUCUGCCCACCAGGGAAAGACAGAAAGGAAACAGCUGGUUCUAGGUAUUUCAUUCUCUGAAGUCAGGCUUGGUAACUGGUAACCAUCGCAGAAGAAAACCUAUCUUACAGAAAACUGGUGCUGAAAAUGGAAAAAAAAGUCAGUCCUGCUGCUAAAAGGAAGAAGCCAUGUACCCUAACACUGCAUGCCAACCUAACUUUCACAAAGCUGGUGUUUAGGAUUUUUCUUUUCCCUCUUUUUCUGAAGUUUUACCUAUCUUUAUCAAUCUUUCUAUUUAAUCUAUUUCUAUGCAUAUGUCCCUCUCCCUCUAUCAAUAUACAUACACAUAGAUAUAUGUGUGUAAAGCUCCAGAAAAGAAUCAAAAAUAUAUUGAAUUCUAAAAUGACUACCCAUAGAUAUAUAGGUAUAGUUAUUCAUUUUAUAAUUCAGUAUAGAUAUAUGGUUAGAUAGAUAUUCAUUUAAGAAUCAUAAAUGUUUUCUCCAUGGUUACAUUUCAAGAACACUGAGGUUGUGUCUGCAUAAAGUGGAACAGAAAGCGUAUAAACUAGCAAGUGAUUUCAGUUUAUGGAAGCAUCAUAUCUGAAUAAUUUAGGUCCCAAAUGCCUCCCUUUCCUCAAUUGCUUGAAUUAUCUGGAUACUUGUUGUAUUAGCUGUCACCUCACUUUUACCUGGAGAGGCACAGUCUCUAAUUCAUUAUGAUUGUAAACUGCACUCCAAAAUAAGGAAUCAGCUUCUGAAUGCUAGAGAAUGUUUUUUUUUUCCUCAAAGUAUUGAAUCACUACCAGACCAAGAAUCAAAAGUAAUGAUUGACCCUCUUGCUAUUGUUGCUUAUACGAUGUGCUUGCCUUGUCUAAGUUUAAUUCAUAGGAUGUUAUUCUGAAGAAACUCAAUCCAGCCUAGAUCCUCCAGGGAAAGAGCCAGAGGCGAUUGGCAUGGAUAAUUGAAAUUGACAAAUAAUUGAAAAAUCACAACCUAAACAAUCGCGUCAGCCUCGUUCUCCACAUGCCCCUUCUCCAGUGCUCUUUGCCAGCUCCCAAACUCUUUAAUUUGCUUUCUUUCUGGUGAAUGGGCUAACCCAUCCCAGCCUGGCUCAUCUGAAUAUAUUGGAAAAUUCCAGAAUGAAGGGUAGAAGGUGGGGAUAAAGAGCAGGGCUUGAGGGGCAGAAGGUCCUCUUCUCCCAGAUACCAGCCACACAAUGAUCCUGCCAGACUCCAGAUUCUGGAAAGACUCCAUACCCCUGUCCGCUGACAUCCCCAUAGCCUACAGCCAGCCCACAUGGAACUCAGUCAGGCUGAAUUUUUCCCAUGCUCCUGGGGGCCAAGCCAGCCCAGGGGUGAACAGGCUGUGAAAUGGCCUAAGGGCAAUCACCAGCAGCUAGGAGGAGAAGCAAGGGGCCUAGUUAAAUCAGGAACUGGGUAACCAAAUGCUCUCAUAUUUGAACAUAAGAGUUGCAAGGAUCACAUCCUACCUCCAAUUUGGCAGGGGCUUCUCCCUGACGUCCGUAUGAUGAGUGAGGGUCUUCCUGGGCUCGUAAAAACAUCAGGCUCAACAGCAGAUUUCAUUUUGAUCCUGGCCAAGUUUAUAUUUUUGCUUCUUCAUUACCUCUUGGUACAUGACCUGGUCUAGGGAACAGAGCAUAGGGGCUGGGAGUUAGUAGGAUCUCAGCUCUGCCAUUGGCCUGCUGAGUGACCUGACAACCUCUCUCUGCCUCUAUUUCCUCAUCUGUGAAAUGGUGAAAAACGUUUUUCCUCCCUUCCUCUUAGAUUGUGAAUCCCGGGUGAUAUAGAGACAGAGUACAGUUUGAUUGCUUUCUAUCUACCCCAGCAUUUACGUAGUGCUUGACACCUAGUAAGUACUUAAUAAGUACCAUCAUUAACCCAUCAGCCCUGUUGUCAAGACCUGGCUAAUGACUUAAAACAGCAAAUGGCAACCACUAUUUUCCAAUCCAUCCAAAAUUCAUAUCUCUUCCCAUAAUGUACUCAAAUAAUGAUUUUACACUUGGUUUUCCUGAGGUUAAUAUCACUGUGGGGGACAUACUACACUAGAGGAUUUUUAGAUCUUAGCAGAAAGGAUUUAUUCAUAAUAUCACGCUCCCCUGAGUUUAUCAAAAAUUAAUCCAAAUAAGCUAUGCAUUACUGUACAUCUAGGUCUGACUUUAGGAUUAACAUAUGUUCAAAUAAAUUAACUAUAGAUGAUUAUCAAUUGAAUGUAGGCUUAAAUAAGUGAAUCAAAUACAAUAAUCUUUGGAUUUAAUCUAUUUUAAGAUAGUAAAAAUGAAUUAGGGUUUUAAGUGUAAAUGGUCAUUUUCUCCCUUCAUUUCUUCCAACUGAUUUACUCUGGUAUACUGUGCAAUUAGACAGCAGGUUCGUGUGAUGGUUAUAAAACAUAUAUUUUUGUCUGUCAAAACUGUUAUAUGAAACUAUGCUUGAAAAAUCCACUAAAUUCCACAUAAUAGAUGUAUAUGUUUUCAACGUGCCAUAGGAUUGUAUUAAAUUGUGCCAAUGCAAUUCAGGAAAAUACUGUGUAGUUUGGCUUUAUUUUUGUCCAUGUAUCAAUACAAAUAUAAAUUAUUUUGUAAG